GCCUCCUGUCUCAGCUUGAAAUCUUCUUGGCGGGUCCCAAUAGUGGAAGCUUUCAAAUACUGCACCAUCACGCAUAACAAGAGUCGUCCUGAUUAUUACUCAGUACGAUUUUGUGCCUUUCGACAAGCCAGAAAAGCAAACGGAGAGAACACAAGCCACGCUUUUUCGCUGCCGUUUCUGCUGCUGAAGGAUUGCCUCUUCCAGCUAAAAUGGCUUUGAGCUUUGGCAGGAGGAAGCUGAGAGGGGAAACGGGAGGUCACGGCUGCAGAUGCCGCCAUUUCCACGUCCACUACCACCUGCCGCGAAAGCGGGUCUGUUCCUUCUCCCUUCUCCGGUGGUUGCCUCGCUUCUCCUUGUUCUCUUGCGUGCUGAUUCCUCUUGUUCUGUUCUUCGUCGUGCUUGCCUUUGUGGUGUCGUUUGUUUGGUUCACCUUGCUCUAUUUCGUUGCCUACCUCUUGAACAAGGAUAGUGAUCAUGGAUCCUUCAAGAACGGCAGCUUUGGCCGUGCCAGUGGCGAUGUCGAUAAUCACCUCCUGAACAAGGAUAGCGACCAGCGGCGAUCUUUCAAGAACGGCAGCUUUCGCCGUGCCAGCGGCGAUGUCGUCGAUAAUCAUCUCAGGGAAGACUGUGGGCAACGAGGAAAGCGUGAGGCGAAAGGGAAAGCUGUGAAGCAUGCGGCGGAGCUGCUGGCUGGUGAUCCGGCUACAUCCGUAGAUUGUGCUAAAAAGCUGGAGAUAAAAGAGGUGCAUGUUGAUGGAUUGUCUGAAGUAUCUCCCAACAUAUCAAGGAUUCUUUCCUCUGGUGCUUCCCUCAACUGCGAGGUGCCUACCAGCAAUGACAAAUUUGUCAAAAAAUUGAGCACCUUUGAGACUGCCACAGAGGUAGAACCGGAUGACGAUUUGAAGGGAUUUUCUGCAAGGCACGAGGUAGAUCCGGCUGAUGGUUUUGUGGAUGAACACAACAUCAGGUUGGUCAGCGGGAGCGAAUCAGGUGAUUCAUCUCCAUAUGUAUAUUCCCUUAAUUCAGCUCAAAUUCACGAUUUGCCUGACAUGAACGAAGUGAUUGAGAUGUCAUCCGACUUUCCUGUUGGAACCAAUCAAAAUAUGGUUGUACCAUCAAAUACUUCACCUCAUCAUUAUAUUAGUGACACAAAUGCAGAAUAUGGUGAAGAUCAUUUUGAAGAUAGGAAGGAGUUAUCAGAUUGUACUCCACACGGUAUUAUUGAUUUCAUUGACAAGCAUGAAACAACAGAUCAGCCACUUGACAGUUCUUUUGCAAAAGAUGAGAUAGUCGGACUAUUGGCCUCUUCAGCUGGUUCAGCCCAUGGUAGGAUUUCAGCAAAAGAUGAGAGUACCGAACAAGAAAAUGCAGAGAGUGUGCUAGAAUUCCUUGUUGAUAGUGUAGCGACUCUGGAAGAUUUUGAUGAGCAGCGCGUGCCAGAAAUCCCGAUUACUGAGGCAGGCACAGAGCAAAGUGUAGCUGCUUCAAAUGAAAUGCAUGGUUUCAGCAACGAGAAUGAAACAUCAGAGCUGUCACUUUGUUCUGUUUGUGACGAUACAGUCUUUUCAGAUGCUCCGUCUCCUCGUGAUAAUGAUUGUGCAGAUGAUAGGCAGGAAGAGGCUACUGAGAACAACAUAGGUGCAGCAUCUGAUCCAGCGAGUGUAGCAUGUGAUUUCAUCGAAAACCAUCAGACAGCAACACGGGCACUUGCUGAUUCUGCAAAUGGCGGCAGCACCCAAGAGGUGGUCUCACGGGAGAGUUCUGAAGGUGAAGCUGAAGCUGACAAAGUUAAUGAUAACUCUAGCACAGAGGGAGCUCCGCGUGGAAGGCCACUCCUCAGGAGGUCCCCAUCACAGUGGUGGAAUUUAUGUGGAGUCGUUGAUGUUUUUGCUGGGUCCGGGGAUUGAAUCAAGGUGAGAAGUAGGGCCAGUUCUGAUGCCAUUCAGGCUUCAUCUGGUCCACUGCAUUUGUUAGGCUUUCUGUUUUCCUGUAACUUCAUAAUUCUUAAUUUUAUAAAGUGGUCUGCUUGUUGAUAAAGUCAA